GAGACCAGAGAAGGACGGCGCGCACGCGUGUGUGUGCGUGUCAGGGGAGGGGGAGGAGCAGAAUGUGUGUGAGAGAGGCGGAUGAGCUAGUGUGUGAGAGAGGGAAAGAAAGAAAGAGAGCUGCGCUACCAUCAGAAGCUCUACUAUGCUUUUUAACUGGAUUUAAUUAUUUUUAUUACAAAAGGAGUGGAUUACUAUCAGCCAAGGUCCCCAGCACACCUUUGUCCCAGUGAGGAGGAACACUUUGUUGCAUAGCUCCACCCGGGUCUCUUCCAGUCUGGGUCCGUUGACGUCGACACUCGGCAGGUGAUGUGUCACCCAUCAGUAUGUCCCCCAUCAGCCAAUCGCAAUUCAUCCCUUUGGGAGAGGUAUUGCUGUUGGCUAUCUCUGCUAUGAACUCCGCCCACAAGCCUGUCACUCAGGAGGCCCUAACCGAACACCUGCAGACAUGUUUUCCAGGUGUUCCCACACCAACGGAGGAGGUUCUGCACCACACGCUAAGCAUGCUGGUCCGUGAGCGGAAGAUCUACCCAACACCAGACGGAUAUUUUAUUGUAACCCCUCAGACUUACUUCAUCACUCCGAGCCUAAUCCGAACCAGCUCCAAGUGGUACCACUUAGAUGAACGUUCUGCUGACCGACACCAACAGCAGCAGCAUCAGAACCAGCAGCAGCAUCAGCAGACGCAGUGCACCUCCCCUCUCUCUGGCACCAUCACCCCGUCCACCUCUGGAGCUGUGCGCGAUCGAACACACCCAAAGUCCAGCCAAAACCACAGUGGAGGAGGUGGGGAUUCCUUUUACAACAACAACAGUUACCGUGGAGACGACCAACCCAGCCACCACACCACCCUGCAGCGUCGAUCUCCCAAAGACCACCGGGAGGCGUACUCGUCCCCACACUCCCCACAAACACCUCCUCAGCAAGCAGCAGGCAACACAGAAAAGAGUCGCAGCACCCUUGGGUUCCCCUUCAAGACGGACACGCUCACCAAACACCGAAGUGGGGGGGGAGGAGGAGGAGGAGGAGGAGGGGGAACUGGAACUGGAACUGGAACUGGAGAGAUCGAGAAACAGGCAGGUGGAGGAAGUGGUACAGGAAGUCGGAAAUUUGGUUUAAAGCUGUUCCGUCUGAGCUUUAAGAAGGACAAGACCAAGCAGCUGGCUACCUUCUCUGCACAGUUCCCCCCAGAGGAGUGGCCGCUCCGCGACGAGGAGGCGCCCAGCCAGCUGCCACGCAAUGUAGAGAUGGAGAUCAUCCGCCGAAUCAACCCUGACCUUACUGUGGAGAACCUUGCCCGUCACACAGCGGUCAUGAAGCGCCUCGAAGAAGAGCGUGCGCAGAGGAGCAAAGCGUCAUCAGCCAAUCAGAGCUCCAGGAGUAGGAGAAGCGGGGGUAGACACAGGAAGCAGUCUCAGACCAAACUCAGCCGCUCACAUAGCAAGACGAGAGCGCCCCGCGGCGAGCCCAGCGAUGGUUCCCACCUGGAGCUGGCCGACAGAGACUACAGAGCCUACUCGUCCUCACUGGCUCGGUCACCGAGGGAACACGCCCUGGCCAUGGAGCGGCAACGGGCCCGCCUUCACUUGGCACAUAGCAACCCUAACAUCCUCGACUCCUCCCACCUACCUGUCACGCCAGAGUGGGAUGUGUCCGGAGAGCUUGCCAAGCGGCGCACAGAAAUGCCUUUCCCCGAGCCAAGCCAUGGCCCAUCAGCCCACCACUCCAAAGUCCACCGCUCCCACUCCCACACCCAGGAGAGGAAGUCCAGGAACGAGCGCAGCGACAAGGCAAAGGAACGCUCCAGGUCCAUGGAUAAUUCCAAAGGACCACUUGGAGCUGGGAUGAUUGGACCACCCGAUUAUUACGACGACCGAAGCCGUUACUAUACUGACGAUGGCACCCUCCGAGCCAAUCAGAGCUCUGCUCACUACUCUCGUGCCACACCCCCUUCAUCUAAAUUGGCUGUGGAGUCUUUGGGGUUGGAUGGGGGCAGGAGUUUAGAGAAGAGUAAGAGCAGGGACAGCCUGCCGGCGUACUCGCCAAAACCACUGUCCAGCGCCGUCCCUCCUGAUGAUUACUUCCAAUGUGCUGGCUCCUCUGAGGCUGCUCUUACAGCAGCUAACCAGUUGGGAACUCUAAGCAAAAGUAGUCAUGAUGGAUUAAAACUAGGCAGUGCUGACAGGCAAAUGGACAGACAGACACCCCAUCCUCUAGAAAGUAAGGAGGACUUGUCAAAGAUGGGACCUAAGGGUGGCAGCCUGCCUCCAAUACCCCUCUCUAUCCCUGACCCCCCCCUUUCCAAUGGAAGACCUCCCCAUAGUGCCUCCUCUGGUCAGGAGAAACGUAAGGAGAUCUUUAGUAAAGACACACUCUUCAAACCUCCUCCUAGCCUCCCUUUGCCCGGCUACAGCUCCCUGAGAAAACCUCCAGCCCUCGCCUCCUCUACUCUGUCCUCGUCCUGCGAUGCACUUGAUUCCCAGGAGGCAUUUGAUGCUCCCAAACCUCUGGUGGCCACACCAUCCGUUACCCCACAGGGCAUUGAACCCACUACCAGCGCUGCAGAGGCCUCCUUUGACUACUACAACGUCUCAGACGACGAUGAACUCGAGGAGGGGGGGAACAAAAGUCGAGGAGAGGACGAAAAGGCUGGAGGAGGUGUUGUUGGGAUGGGAGGAGGUGGAGCAGGGACCAUGCAGUGGCUGUUGGAGCGAGAAAAGGAGAGGGAUCUACAGAGGAGGUUUGAAAGAACCCUCACCUUCCCUGGUGCUAAAGAGAACCUUCCAGAGCCCAGUCAGAACCAGCAGUCCGCCCACUCUGCUAGACUCGACAGUAUGGACUCCAGCUCUGUCACUGUUGACAGUGGAUUCAACUCACCACGAACAAGGGAGAGCCUCGCGUCCAACACAUCUUCCAUAGUGGAGAGCAACCGACGACAGAACCUGGCGCUGAGCCCCGGCCACCUCGGCAUCACCACCGGCACCGCCACUCCCUUCUCCUUCCGCGCCAUCCCAGAACCUGCCGGCACCCAACCAGAGAAACUCCAGAAGCCCAGCGCUUGCCUUGCGUCAAUCACCAGCGUAUAGGGGCGGAGCUACUGUGAGGGCUGGGUGGAGCGCCAGGAACCAACGGAGAGGGGCCAGGAAAAGAAAAAGUCCCACCCCCAAGGACUGUUACAUCUUUAGACUGACAUUAGUGGAGCUGCCACAGGCCCACUGUGGAACUAUAGCUAUUACACACACACACACAAACAGAGAAAUGUAGACCACCAGGAAACUGCUCUCUGUCGCUCUCACACACACACACACACACACACACACACACACACACACACACGCACACACGGACGGACAGACAGACAUAUACACACCAGGCCACUGGGCAGACUCUGUCAUUCUACAGCCUCUAGUUUACACACUGCUGUUGUGUUGUUUCACUAUCACGUGGGUUCUAGUGUGCGUGUGCGUGUGUGUGUGUGUGUGUGUGUGUGUGUGUGUGUGUGUGGGGGGGGGGGGGUUAUGUUUGUAUAAUCUGUAAUCUCAGGUCAUUUUAUUUCCACUCUCAUUCCAGCUGCUUCAGAUCAGCGCAUCUCCCUCUAGUGGUGUCUGGUGGUAUUACACACUGAAGAGACGCUGCUCUGCUGACUGCUGUUACUGAUGGUACACACAUUGUCACUGAUCCAGCUCCUACUCACUAGUCUCUGUUAGCUCUUCUCUAAAGUCACCAUCGGCAGACACCUUGUAAGGUGCAGGGCCACAAGAAAUGACAUUGACUAUUAAUGACCAUCUCUCCAAAGUGAGGGGGUUAGACAGUUCAAUGAGUAACCUGUAACAAGGGCUGUUUUCACUAGGAGCCUCUCUGUAGAAUGAAGCUGAGCAGUUUGUGUGUCUGUUGGAUGCCAUGAUGCCCAUUUGAACUGUCUGGACACUUCUCUCCUCCAGCUGCUGUCAGAUAUGUGCACAGCGUGAGGUGCAGCUCCAGGGAUGAGGCUUCUGAUUACAGAUGGUUUGGACCUGCAUGAGGGCAGAUCUUCCUCCACUUUGCCUCUCGUUUAGCGUCACCCCUCAUGUCCACAGCUCGUGUUUCAGCUCCAUCAUGGCUGCCCUUCUCCACAAUAGGCCGUAACAGAGAAGAGUACGGUGGCCCUGAGAGCUCAACCCUAGACAGGACUUUAUGGAUCCCUGAGGGGAAAUUCACACUCCAGCAGCACAGAGACAGAAAACAAAUACUAUUUGAAGGAAAUAUGAAAGAAAUCAGAGAGGUGACAGUAUACACAUACCUGACACAUUAUAAGUGAGUUUAUAUAUAUAUAUACAGUGUAUAAAUAUCUAUAUUUAUUGACAGUUGACAUGAAAUUAAUAUUUAAUGACAUGCUGCAUUUUGUUAUUGACUUUGUCUUUAUGUACAUAUAGCAAAACUAGUUUUCUUGUUUGUUUAGAGUCACUUCACAGCGGUGUUCAGAUACAAGAUAUUGAGGUCCUGCCGAUGAUGUCACAGCCUGUAACAUGUACAUGUUGAGGAGCUAGCAUAAUAACAUGUCCACUAUGGCCGUCACAAUACUAAACAUUCCUUUGAAUAAGCAUAGGUGAGAUUUCUGGUUGUCAGUGAUGACUAGCAGGGUGGUGGUGGAGACUGCAUGUUACGGUUUAACUUGGAGCACACUGUUGUAUAUACUUCAUAGACGCAGGCUACUCAUCUAGUUACUUUGGUUCCUAUUCAUCAGAAGUUAGUCGUUGUGUUUAUGGUUCUUCAUUCCAGUAGGAUGGUGAUGUGUUCACACACAGCCGGCAGCACCGUGCACGUCUGUUGUUAGCCACGUCAGCUCAGUGUGCCAUGAACCUGAACACCGACACGACGUCAGUGGACGCUCAUUAUGUUCAUGAUUUAUGUAUUCAUGCUGAUCCCCUGGCAGACUAACACACCUGAGCAGGAGUAGAACAGUAGUGGAGUCUCAUGACGAGGAAGUAGUCAUGGUUGUUCGUGUGGCACCGUCACAGCAGGACCUCAAUACAGCUUCAUGACACAAACACAGUCAGAAAGAUGAAGAGCAGCAGCUUCAUGUCGGCGCAGUGCAGACGCACGACGCGGACGUGGAGCCUGACUGCCCGAGGCCGUGAUGCAGCUGUGGACAUGAGGGGUCAGUCACAUCCCUGCUGAGCUGACUUCCUGUAUCACCACUGUGUGUUUUUCAGUGGAUGCUUGUGAGUUUUUGGUUUUAAUGCUGGCAUCGGAGGAAGUAGAUGCUGCUGCUGGUGAAAGGCCGGCCGGUGGACGCUCAUUAGGAGCAGCUGGACCGGCACUUGAGGUGGCUGAGCGUCCAACAGAGAAGAUGAGACCAGUGUUACACACAACGAGCAGGGACGAGACGCGUUUUGAUUUCAGUAUUUCUUUAGUUACACACAACAUUACCAUGAAUUUACAUUUCUGUCAAGUUCAUGGCUACUUGAGUUUUUGGUCAAACUGUUUGAAUCAAGUCCCUGAGCCCCUCUCACUCCUGGUGCUACGAUGUAUUAUGGCCAGAGGCGGUCAUGAUAAUAGUCAUAAUAAAAGGGUGAUGAGAGAGUUGGAGUCUAGUAAAUGGAUGCUUACAGUUGUACAAAAGGUUUCACCUGUAUACCUUUGGCGAGGACCAUUUAGUCCUUGAAUAAAGCACGUGGGUGAACAGGACUGUGACUACACAGUGGCGGCUGACUAUGGCACAGGGACACAUGAAAUAAGUCUCAUUCUAACCACAGCUGGAUUUACCCAUCUCGAGAAAACCUGCAGUCCUAUAGGCCAAUCAUUUCCCAUCCCUCUAUAGGCUCAGGGAGCUGUCAGUCAUCCCAGUGUUGUCGUCCAAUAGGCUCCUCUAUAACUACCUCCACAGCAGCAAAAACACAGCCCGUCCUUUCUACUAUCUCACUGUCAUCAGCCUCUAGCCUGUGAAUGUCUGCACACACACACACUAACACACUACACAUCAAAGUGCUGGACUCCCUAUUGUUUCCCUUUCUUCACUAACAAGGUUCUCCUAACGGUACAUUCUAGCAUUGUGGUUCAGCUGCCGACCCCUGCAGCCCAAACACCCUCCUCCCAGCCACUAGUACAGGACUUCCUGUGCACAGUGAUCCCAGGAAGGGCCGUGGCCCCGCGUAGUGUUGGUUGGCCUCUCACUAAAAGGCGUGUAACACGAUAUCCUGACAUCCAGCUGCGUAAGCUAACCCGCUGUGACCCAGCAGGGGUCCUUCAGAGAGGAGGUGCACACGGCUCCAUCUCCUCGUGGGCAAACAUUGAGUUGCAGGUCGCCGUCACGCGUGAGCUGCAGAUGACAUGUGUGUCACAUGGAGCCUCAUAGCUAUGUGUCAAGUCUAAAUUAGUUAGUUUUCCCGCUGUAUAGCAGGACCUCAUGGUUUAAAGACAUCUGAUUUAUUU